AUGUCGUCAAAAAAUGAAUCUGUUCUAAACCCAAAAACCACGAAAUAUGAAUUUUUAGGACCCAUUGGUGCAUUUUUAAUGAUUACAGUACUUCCAAUUCUUGUUUAUGUUUUACAUUUAAGCUGUCAGUUCGAUGGCUAUCCAUCUCGUGAACUCAUUGUCUAUUUGUCCGAUAUUAAUAACCUUAAAACUUUAUUCACUUUAUCUAAUAUUUUGUCGUUAUUUGAUCUAACGGCUUUUCUUGCUUACUUAAUUUAUCUAGCAUAUUUAAUUAUAAUCUUUUACUUAAUACCAGGUCGUUGGGUUGAAGGAACUCAGCUUCGUAAUGGCACAAAAUUAAAAUACAAAGAGAAUGGAUUUUAUAGCUUGAUAUUAACAUUAUUCAUAAUUUUAAUGAUCCUAAAUAUUAAAGGACAUGAACCUUUUUUAUUUAUUGAUCGUCACUUUAUUGGAUUAAUUACUGCUUCGAUAAUCGUAUCUUUUACUCUUUCGUUUUAUGUUUAUUUGGCUUCAUUUCAAAAAGGAAAAUUAUUAGCACUUGAAUUGAAUCCACGCAUUGGAUCAUUCGAUAUUAAAUAUUUUGUGGAACUUCGACCGGGUAUAAUUGGUUGGAUUAUUAUGAAUAUAGCCAUGGCCAUUAAACAAUAUCAUGAUCUUGGGCACGUUACAAUUGGGAUGUUCUUAAUUGUAAUUUUUCAAGGAUGGUAUUGUGUUGAUGCUCUUUACAAUGAGCCUGCAGUUUUAACAACAAUGGAUAUUACUACAGAUGGUUUUGGUUGGAUGUUAUCAUUUGGAAACUUCACAUGGGUUGGGUUUUUGUAUGGACUUCAAGCCAGAUAUCUUGCUUUGCAUCCUGUUUAUUUAUCCCGACUUCAAAUCAUAUUUAUAAUUGGCCUACAAGCUAUUGGGUAUACAAUAUUUAGGGGUGACUGGAUAAUUUCAUGGGCUUGGUGUUUACUUUGUGGAUUUGAUGAUAUUAUACCAUACUUUUAUGCUAUAUAUUUUGCAGUAUUAUUGAUUCAUCGAGAACUUAGAGAUGAAGAAAAAUGUAAAAAUAAGUAUAAAAAGAAUUGGGAUAAGUAUUGUGAAAUUGUAAAGUGGAGGAUUAUUCCUG